GCUGAUCAUGUGACGUAACACUUUGACGUUUGGGGCAUUCCUCUCAUUUCCAGUGUGUAGCUGUACCUGACGAAGACGAGUACACUAGACUAUCUGAACAUGGCUUUAAAUCGAAAUCAUUCUCAAAACGGAGGACUUUUGAUCAACAACGGCGAGAGUGUGUUAAGGGAAUGCAAGAAUGUGGAGCUGUCCUUCAGCGAUGUCACCAGCAAGACAGACCUGCUGAGGGGGACCAAGAAGGGGACUGUUUACCUCACUCCAUACAGGUUGGUGUUUGUGUCCAGUAAUGCCAAGGACAGCCUGGGGUCUGUGAUGUUCCCGUACUACCUGAUGAAGGGCUGCAGCAUCGAGCAACCAGUCUUCGCCGCCAAUUACAUCAGGGGCACAGUUUCUGCUGAGGCUGGGGGAGGCUGGGAAGGACAGGCUAGCUUCAAGAUGUCUUUUUCCAAUGGGGGAGCCAUCGAGUUAGGUCAGCACCUCUUCAAACUGGCAACAAAUGCAUCUCGUGCCCCUCCUGCUCAAAACGGAGGUGCCUCCUAUGGCUACCCCUCACCUGGAGUGAUGAAUGGCUACGGCCCGCCACCUGUUCCUCAGAACUACCCGUAUGCACCCCCACCCCAGCAGAAUGGUUUCUACCAGGCUCCCCCAGGCGACAUGGGCUAUCCCUACCCUAUGGCAGCCGCAGGAAUGUACCCAUCUGCCCCUGCCUACAUGGCCCCACCUCCCCCGUAUCCUGGGCCCCCCCAAAACUGGGCUGCUCCCCCUGCAGGUAAUGCCAAGGCAGCAGAGGCAGCAGGCAGCGCCUAUUACAACCCCAACAACCCCCACAAUGUCUACAUGCCCAUGGAACAGCCUCCUCCCUAUGCGCCUUCUGCCCCUCCUGCUCCUUACCCAGGCUAUCCAGAGAAGAAGAACAACUAAAGCUCAAUAACCAUCAUGUUGAGUACCUCCCUUCCCCUAAUAAACACAACAGCAAAUGAUUAAGGGGAUGAUAAUUAUUAGACUGUAAAGGAAAGUAUAAAGUACUAUAUUGACAAAAAGGCAAGAUUAUCUUUCUGGCAAUUCACACAAGUAAUUUUGGGGCACAACAAUGUUGGUACAUUUUCUUAUAGACAUUUUCAAAUGAUGAAUGUUUCCUUUUACUCAUGAGUAAAGCUUUAUUUAACCCCCCUCCCACUUAGUUUAUUUUAUAUGGUAACUUGCCAACUAAAUGGUUAUUCACUUAACAGAUAAGUAUUCAAUCUUUCCAGUUAUCAUGGUGGGCUCUCUCUCCUUCAGUCUGUUAGAAUGUGGAACUGUCUGGUUCUUGGGAAAGGGUAUCUAACUGCCCUGUUGAGUUGAACUACAUGUGAUGGGCAGUAUGGGGAAUGUAUAGGCAUGAAAUAUUUACAGAAUUUUUUUAAUCCAGAGGUUUGUUACCUAAAUACAUUUUAUAAAAUUUCGAUUAAAAUUAUGACGCGUAUUAACAAAACGACAAUUUCUAUUCCUACUAGUAUUGUAAAGUAUUUUUACAUUCACGUUCAGAGUAAGUGUUUCCAUUGUGUUUGUGCGUGGUUUAAGUUUGUUCCAGAGAGCCUUGAAUGAAGGCUGAAGGUCCCAGUGCUCAAUGCACACCAUACCUUUCUAGAUUAUUUCUGGCUUUUUAUUGAAGGAAGUGCAUGUUGUUUGAAUAUGGGAAUUGGAUGGAGUACUGACAUGUACCGCUACAUAUGUGAGAUUAUUGGUAAUGUGCGAUGUUCCUAGAUCUCGCAAAUAACUUGUAUUGAACCUAGAGAUGAUGUUGUAACUGGUCACAUGAAUAACCCAUGCCCCAGUCAAACCCUGUAUAUUGUAUUGAUGAAUGCAAAGCCCGGCUUAAACCAAAACCCUACUCUCUGUGUAAUUAUACAAGUGUGGGGUUACUAGGCCAUGUAUUUAUUUAGCCGCUAGCCCGCUACACAGUGCUUUCUUGCAGUUGUGACGAAUUAACCUGUGAAAACCACUAAUUUAUUCCUGAUUAAACUGGGUUGUAGUGACUAACAGACUAUAUAAUUGUUAUUUUCUCAGAGUGCAUAGAGAGGACAUUUUGUACUAGUUUUAGGUUAGAGGUUUGGUUGGUUAUAAUUAUUAUCUGCUUAAAUUCAUCAAAUGUCUGUGAAAUAUCUUGUUUGUAAACCCCAUUCCUUAUUUGGAGUUCUUCAUAUUGAUUCAAAAUCUAAUAAUGAAUAAUAAAUAGAUGUUUAUGUAAAAACCUA